AGUUUUCGUCGAGCUCUCCAAGUGUCGAAAUGAAUAUUAGACGGGCACAGUUAUUAUUAAGUCAGCACAUAUAUUUUUCCGUAACAUAAAAAGAUAAAAAAUAGUAUGAAAUAUAAAAAUAACAGUGUGAAAUUUAGACUUUAUGCAAUCGGAAAAAAUAAUUUCGAUACUUUUCUUCUCAAUUUCAAAUCAAAGGUGUAGGAAAAAUAUUGUUUUGAAAAAUUCUUCUUGAGACUCGUAAAAAUUCAACAUUAAAAAAUGCAUAUGUCUAAAGAAAUCGAAGUGCAAGUCAACGACGAUAGCAAUAAUGAUCAAGACACUGAAAGCGAAGGUGUUUUAUCAGAAAAUUCUCAACUCGACGACCUUUACACAAGAUACAGGAAACGUUUAAGGAAAUCGUUGUUUAUAUCUGGUCUUGGAAUAUCUCUAGUAUCAUGCAUCAUAUCAAUUCUAUUUUGUUAUUUUGGAAAUCAGGUGCAGAAGCCUGUCAGUCUCGCUCUUCUAGCUGUUGCAUGCUUCGUUAUAAUAACGAUAUUAACAUCACUGCAAUUUCCGGGAAUUAUGAGUUCACCGUGGGCCGCUUUAACAUUUGCAACAUGUUUCACAGCUGUACUUGGAAGUGUAGCAACGUUUGUAGGAGAUGAAAUUGCGCCAUUACCUCUCUACGCUCUUAUAAUGGCAACGCACACAAUGUUACCAAUAUCAUGGCCUAUAUCAGUAAUAAUUGCUAUGAUGCUAUCAAUUUUCCACAUUGGGUAUCGAAUAGGCUUGGUUUUAAAUGAAAACGAAGAUGUUUACAUAGCGAAAGUUUUAGCUGAAGUGGUUUUCCUAGCCAGCGCAAGUGUCUCUGGUUUAUAUUACAGAAUAAUGUCAGACGCAGCACACAUAGAUGCUGUUGAUGGAACAAGAACUGGUAUCGAGCAUCGUGUUAAGCUCGAAUGUGAACGCGAACAACAAGAACAAUUACUGCUCAGCGUUAUUCCAGCUUACAUUGCGGCAGAAGUCAAACGGAGUAUUAUGCUGAAAAUGCACGAAUGUCAAUCAACGGGACAAUCGCAAACACGUUUUCAUGAAAUGCAUGUUCAAAGACACAACAAUGUUUCAAUUUUGUAUGCUGACAUUGUGAAUUUUACUCCGUUAUCAGAACAGCUUUCUGCAAGCGAUCUUGUCAAAACAUUAAAUGAGUUGUUUGGUCGUUUUGAUCAAUUGGCAAUGGAAAAUCAAUGUCUACGAAUAAAAAUUCUUGGCGAUUGUUAUUAUUGUGUAUCUGGUCUCCCAAUAUCUCGUCCUCAACAUGCUGCAAAUUGCGUUAAUAUGGGAUUGCAAAUGAUUGACGCUAUAAGAUUUGUGAGAGAGGCUACAGGGAGUAAUAUUGACAUGAGGAUAGGUAUCCACACAGGCAAUGUUUUAUGUGGCGUUCUUGGCUUGCGAAAAUGGCAAUUUGAUGUAUGGUCUGACGACGUUACGUUGGCAAAUAAAAUGGAAUCAGGUGGACUGGCUGGACGAGUUCAUAUAACAAAAACAACGCUGGAAUAUUUAGGAGACAAAUUCGAAGUAGAGCCUGGCAACGGAGCAGCAAGAGAGCAAUAUCUCGCUGAUCACAAAAUAGAAUCUUAUCUCAUCGUUCCACCAAAGAAAUCGAAUCUGGAUCUUCAGACUUUGUCGAUACAACAAGCAUCAAUUUGUAUUUCGGAGCCAGCCGAAGAAAGUCCAAACGAACCAAUAUUUAAUGUUCAGCAGUAUAUUAAUUCUGCAACGCCUUCACCACCCCCACCUAUAACUAUUUCGGUAGGAUCACCACCCACCUCGCCCCAAUCACUUGGAAAUGAAGAAAAAGAAAAUCUUCUGACUUCAAACCAUUCACAUCCAGCGACAAUCGCCGAAGAACAACAUGAACAUGACGAGGGACUUGUGUUUCGUAAUUCAUCGUUAUCAUUACCCUUCGAGCAAUCCCCUACGACCCCAUCACCUACCACAACUGUAACAGCUUCGACUAACAACAAUUCAGCAUGCAAUCAAGUCAAGACAUCUUUACCAGAGAGGUCGCAAAGUGAUAGAAGAAAGUUAUCAGUAACAAAUAUUAUGAGUUUCGGUGAGCGACGACGCUCCACAAGUUCCAUAUUUUCCGAUAUGAGAAAAAUGUCAAUUACAAAUUUUGAUAACCUCAAAUCGCCUGGCAUUGCAACGCCAGGUAUACCAUCAAGAACAAGGCCUUCGUCAAAGAUGACAAAAUAUGUCGAGUGCUGGGGGGCUGAUAAGCCGUUCGCAAAUAUAACUGAUUCGAAAAUGGCUAAAAACAUCGGACUUGCCAGUAUUGCCAUGAUCGAAUCAAAUUUGUUGCCGGAAGAGAAUUAUUGCAAUGGGUGCCGAUGUUGGGGUCCACCAAGAGAAUUACAACCGGUCACCAUGUGGUAUCGUAAUUCAGCAAAGGAAACAAUGUUUCGAGCUCAACCUGACCCAACAUUUCGAUUUGAUUUGAUUUGUGCUACAAUGAUGUUUGUGUCUAUUGUAAUCAUUCAAUUACUUGUGUUCAAAAAAAAUUUUCUUCUCAUCGGAUCUUUGGGUGCCACUAGCAUAUCAAUUGGAUUAUUUUUAUAUUUAUGUCACUAUGAAAUGUCAGGAUCGUCACAUCCGGGGAAUAAUGGUCCUGGACAAAUUAUAUCAUCCGUUCGCUCAAUCCGACUUGCGAUAUUUCUAAUCACAACAACACUAAUUGGUGCUUGUGCUGUCUUCAAUGUAAUUGAGUUUAACCCAAUAAUCAAUCAACCUAUGUUUAUUGAUGUUAUACAAGAUGAGAACUUAACAACUCUCAAUAACAUCACAAACAUAACAACAGACUUUCCACAAUUCACCCCCGCUAUAAAUCAUGAGGAAUUAGAGAUACCGCCAAUCUACUUAUUUCUUUGUGGUCUUAGUUUGUCUGCCAUCUCGGCAUUUCUCCGUGCCGGAUUUAUAUUAAAACUUUUCAUAAUGAUAUUCACUGUUAUUCUCCAAACCAUCAUUCUCUAUUCAAGCAGACUAUUCGAGCAAUAUGAAGAUGAUUCUAAUAGCAUAAUUCCAUUAGCGGUUCGUGGUGGUUUGUUGCUUUUAGUCAUUGUGGCUGUUCUUCACACACUUGAUAGACAAGGAGAGUUUGUUUCACGAACAGAUUUUCUGUGGAAAGCAAAGUUGAAAGUCGAGCAGGAAGAGGUCGAAACUAUGAGGGGAAUUAACAAGAUUCUUCUUGAAAAUAUAUUACCGGCUCAUGUCGCACAACAUUUUCUGAAGAAAGAGCGUGUCUCACAAGACUUGUAUCAUGAAAGCUACUCAAGUGUCGGCGUGUUGUUUGCCUCAAUUCCCAACUACAAAGAGUUUUAUGACGAAACGGAUGUUAACAAGCAAGGGUUGGAAUGUCUACGAUUAUUAAAUGAAAUCAUUUGUGAUUUUGACAAAUUGCUUCUGAAGCCGAAGUUUAGUGGAAUCGAGAAAAUAAAGACGAUAGGAUCAACAUAUAUGUUAGCUUCAGGCUUGAGGCCCGGAAAAGAAGAAGGAGCUUUUGAUGCAAAGAGAACUGAAGAACAUAACGUCGUCGUGCUAGUAGAUUUCGCUAUAGCAUUAAUGCAAACUCUUGACACCAUAAAUCGGGAGUCAUUUCAGCGCUUCCGUUUACGGAUGGGGUUAAAUCACGGUCCAGUUAUUGCAGGCGUUAUAGGAGCUCAAAAACCACAGUAUGAUAUUUGGUCGAAUACCGUAAAUGUUGCUUCGAGAAUGGACUCAUGUGGAGUUUUAAAUCGACUGCAGACAACAGAGAAUACUGCAAAAGUUCUGAUGGCAGCGGGAUAUGGAUGUGUCUGCCGUGGACCAAUUCCAGUUAAGGGUAAAGGCAUUCUAACGACUUAUUUCGUCAAAACUCCGUUUGAUGAUAAAUUAUAAUUUACAUUUAGUUUACUCUCAAUAAUUAUCUUGCUUGAGUUAAAAGAUAAACGUAAUUCUGUUAUUGUGAAUCCCUUCUUUAUGUUUUUCAUAGUAAAUCCGGUUUUUAUACAACAUUUCCACUUCUUUGCGCUAUAAAAGCUUUACUUGUUUAUUCAGUACUUAAAUUGUAUACCUCUUACGUUCUCAAGGAGCUUUUACAUUUCUCGAAAUUGCAUACCUUUUAAAGGAUUUGAAUGAAAAUGAGAAUAAAAAGUUGAGCGUUUCUCUUCGUUUCGUUCUCAUCAUUAUUUUUAUUAUGAUGACGUAGCUCUUGUGUUAGGCUUAAAACUUUUUCAAAUGAACGAAACCUAUUAAGUCUGAUUAAAAAAAUCCUUUAGUAGACAGCUGAUAAGUCCUGACAAAAACAAUUUAUACAAACAUCAUCUUUAGGCAAGAUAAAAAAAGGCCAAAUUAAAAAAAUCCAAAUUAACCUUUGACAAGAAGCACAAUAUGAUUAAAAAAAGAAGAAAUAUCUAAUUAGGAAGUGAAUUUCAAAAGCAUCUAAUAUUUACAUAUAAGCAUAAGCAUGAAGGCUGAUAAUAAUAUGAUUCAGAUACAUAAACUUAUUUUGAUUAAAGUAAUUAUCAUGAAAAAUAAAAAUAAAAAUCAUAGUUCUGACAUGCACAAGUCUGUCUACUUGCAGAACCAUUUUAGAUGCUCAUUUUAAUGAAACUAAAUCCAAAAGUACACAAAUAUGAAACUUAUUCUUCGGAGCUUUUAUCAAAGUUUUUAAUGCUUUGAAUUUAAAAUACAAACUCAGAGGGAUUUCUAUUAAAAAAUAUUUAAAAUUUACUCUUGACAAUCAAAUUAAACUUUAACUAACUCAGAUUAACUUUACCCUCUGAUUUAAUUUAUUUCUAGUGGAGUUGUUAUUGUCUUUUAUUAAAUAAUUUCCAUUCUACAUUUUUCCCUAACGAGUCUAUUGUUUCCGCUAUUGUUUAAAGUGAAACAUUACCAAAGUUAACAUAAUGCCAAAAUAUUACAAGAAAUUGUAUUUAGAAUUAUAAUUUUGAAUAAAAUGUUAAUAGUUCGAGUUAAUUUAUAAUAAAUGAAUUAGAUAUUCUUUUAGGUUUUCAUGAUAAUUGUAAACAAUCAGAUUAUUUUCUUAGAAAGAUUCAAAAGUAAAUUUUCAUUUUAAAGACCUCUUUUUAAAAUGAAAAUCCAAUAAUAGAAAAAGGAAAAACUUGACAAAUGAUUCAAUUCAAAAAAAAAUGUUAUACAACUUUAAAAAGAAAAAAUACAUUUUGGAUCUUAUCGUGUUUUUAAAGCUUAAAUAUAGAAAACAAAAGUAAGGAAAGCCUUCAAGGAUUAACAAAUUAACGUGAAGGAUUGGAGAGAUUAAAAGAUGGAAAAAUGCGUACCCAAAUUUUCUUUUGACUUCAAGAUACUCUUUCCACUUUUUUUAUUACUUAAACUUUUGAAAUCAAUUUUCAAAAACAGGUUGAAAAAGAAAGUUUUCCUCAGAGGAAUGAAAAGCGUCUCGUUUGUAAAAAGCAAAUUGAUAAAUUUAAGGAAGUAAAGCUUUCCGUUACUUAUUUAAAGCUCGAAAAAUAUAUUUUUUUCGUAUAUUUUUAAAACCUACAGCUAUUGUUAAUAAAAGAUAAAUUAUAAUAAAACGAAACUGAUAUAUCAUACAUUUUAAUUUAUUCUUUCUCUGAGCACGUUUUAAUUUUUCCCGGCAAC